ACUUUGGAGAAAGUGUGUAUAAGAGAGAAAGAGUACCGUCCUAAGGAAGGAGAAGCUGCUAGUGACUUAAUCAUACUUUUGCCACACGAGACAAGAAGAAGAAUCAUUUCUAUCUAUACACCAACUACAAAGAGAGUGAAACCAUGGCCAUGUGUGAGAAAGCCAAGUCAAUAAGUGGGCGUCCUGAGGGACCCUAUCGGGCUGUCGAGGCCUUGGACAGUCUGGCACAUAUGGCUUUCGAAGGCAAGGACACACUGGAUAAGCUGUUUGACCACUCGGUGCAAAGGUUUGGCAAGGCCGACUGCCUGGGCACUCGAGACGUCCUGAGCGAGGAGACUGAGACACAACCCAAUGGGAAGGUCUUCAAGAAGUUGGUCCUGGGUGAGUACCAAUGGAUGUCUUAUGAGGAAGUGAAUCAAGCAGCGCGCUCUUUUGGCAGUGGCCUCACAGCCUUAGGUCAACAGCCAAAGUCAACCAUUGCAAUCUUCUGCGAAACCCGCGCAGAGUGGAUGAUUACAGCACAAGCCUGCUUCAAACACAACUUCCCCUUGGUAACAAUUUAUGCAACGCUGGGAGAAGAUGCCGUUGCCUACGGUCUGAAUGAGUGUGGUGCCACACACCUUAUCACAAGUGUGGAACUCAUGGAGACCAAACUAAAGAGCAUCUUGUCCCAGGUGCCAGCUCUGACCCAUGUAAUAUAUGUGGAUAAUGAGGAAGUGAGUAGUGAUGGCUAUCCUGAGUCUCUUGUGAUCCAAAGCAUGCGGUCGGUCACAGACCUGGGAGCCAAACCUGAAAACUUGAGUGUAGCCGUGGAGCCGCCGCUUCCCUCAGACCUGGCGGUGGUCAUGUACACCAGCGGCUCUACAGGCACUCCUAAAGGAGUCAUGAUCGUCCACAGCAACCUCAUCGCUGGCAUGGCUGGACAGUGCCAAAGGAUUCCGGGUCUGGGUCAUCAGGACACAUACAUUGGCUAUUUGCCCUUGGCCCACGUGCUGGAACUGACCGCAGAAAUGUCCUGUUUAACCCACGGCUGCCGGGUUGGCUUCUCCUCGCCUCAGACCCUGUCAGACCAGUCGACGAAGAUCAAAAAGGGAAGUAAAGGAGACUGUUCAGAACUUCAACCCACUCUGAUGGCAGCUGUGCCGGAGAUAAUGGACCGGAUCUAUAAGAAUGUUAUGAGCAAGGUGCAAGAGAUGAAUUACAUUCAGAGAACUCUAUUCAAACUGGGAUACAACUACAAACUGGAGCAGCUCAAACAGGGCAAGGAUACCCCCAUUUGCAACACGCUUUUGUUUGCCAAAGUGAAGGCUUUACUCGGGGGCAACAUUAGGAGGAUGCUGUCAGGUGGGGCCCCCCUGUCCCCUGCCACCCAGUACUUCAUGAACGUGUGCUUCUGUCCGGUGAGCCAGGGCUAUGGACUCACAGAGACCUGUGGAGCUGGCACCAUCACUGACGCUACUGAUGACAGCACCAAAAGAGUUGGAGCUCCGCUUAUCUGCUCUGAGAUCAAGUUACGAGACUGGUUAGAGGGUGGAUACACAAGUGAGGACAAACCCAAUCCCCGUGGGGAGAUCAUGAUUGGUGGGCCUAAUGUGUGCUUGGGCUACUACAAGAAUGACCAACUGAAUGAAGACUUCUGGGUGGAUGACAAUGGCCAGCGGUGGUUCUGCACCGGAGAUAUUGGAGAAGUUCACCCAGAUGGUUGUCUACAGAUUGUGGACCGUAAGAAGGACUUAGUGAAGCUGCAGGUCGGGGAGUAUGUGUCUUUGGGAAAGGUGGAAUCAGUGCUAAAAAACUGCCCCCUUGUCGACAACAUCUGUGCCUAUGCUAACAGUGACCAGAACUUUGUGAUCUGCUUUGUGGUGCCAAAUCAAAAGCAGCUGAAAGCAUUGGCCAGCAAGUGUAGCGUAGAAGGAGAGUUGGGUGAGCUCUGCGGGCAUCCUACCAUGGAGGCAGAGGUCCUGAAGGCCAUGAAGGAAAUUGCGACAUCCAGUAAACUGCAGCGGUUUGAAAUUCCAACAAAGGUGUGCCUGAGCCCAGAGCCAUGGACGCCAGAGACAGGGUUGGUCACGGAUGCUUUCAAGCUGAAAAGAACGGAGUUAAAGCAACACUACUUGUCAGAUAUCGAGAGAAUGUAUGGAGCAAAGUAGAAACUAGAAAAGCACUCAGAGAGUUCAAACCUAGCGAAUUAGCGAAAACAUAACCGCCUCCUGGAUCCAGACGGUGAUAUGGAUCACUCCCAACAUGUAAUGAAAACAUAACCUCCUUGGCGGAGGUAACAAAUGGACAUCCUAAAAAUGUCUCUCAUGGUACCUUUCAUCUCUUUGAUUUUGUACAUUUUAGUAUUAUUUACUUUUUUUGCAUGUGAGAGUGUAUUUGCCAUGGUGUAAGUUAAAGAUCAAGAUAUUGUACAGUUAAAGAAUAACAUGAUUCACAGAUGGGAAAUAUUGUAUGUAAAUACAAAGCUCACUGUUUACAGUGUUCGUACUGUUGUACUGUUAUAUUUUGGGCCUUUUGGUCCCUGUACAUAAUUUUUUGUCCAAAAUAUAUAUUGUUGUAAGGGGAUGAUGAUUAUCAGAUACUGAUGUACAAUCAUGCCCAGAUACAGUAAAGGAGAGGGAGAAGAUGUCUGUAUUUUUAGAGCAUACUGCUCUCUAGAGGACAUUUUGUCCAUUAUUUUGGUUACUAUUUUCUCUUCAUCUGUGUAUUUUGCUAGGCUAUUUAAGUUUUCACCUAUGUACCAUUGUCAUCAACUGAGUAGCUAUGUUGUUAUUAUUACUAUUACUAUAAUACAAACAAUUCUUCUUGUUAUUAUUGUGUUAAUAUUAGCUAGUAUUGGCUAAUGGCUAUGAUAAGUAUUUUGAGUAAGGCCUAGAACUGAGCAGGUAUUUUAUUUCGGAAACUACCACACAUUUUAUCUCUAAAAUGAAUUUGCUAUCAUAAAUCAGGUAUAUUGACAUUUCAAAUGUUUUCAAAAGUUGUAUUAAAAUCAUGUGAAAAACAAAAAUGCAUAUGUUUUCACAUCACAUUCAAAAUAACCCAUACUGAUGCCUAUACUGCCACUAAUAACAUUAAAGACAUUUUAAACCGG